AUGAUGUGGUCUUCAGGGCAAAGGAUUCCAGGCCACAUAUUUCACACCAAAUGCCACUACUUUGAGGACUCUCUGAGGCAAGGGCUUGGAAGCAAUGUAUUUCACACAAAAGCCACAACUUUCCAGGCUCCCCAGGGCAAACCACCUAUUUCUCACAUAAGCCAUGACUUUUUGGGCUUCUCCAGGCAAAGCUUUGAAGCAAUGUAUUUCCAAGCAAAGCUGAUAAUUAUCAGGCUCCCCUGGGGCAACCACCUUUUCACACCAAAAGCCACAGCUUUCCUGGCUCCCCAGGGCAAAAUAUUCCAGGCCAUGCAUUUCAAGCCAAAGGUCAUAAUUUCCAACUCCCCAGGGGCAAACCACCUAUUUCAUAUCCAAAACCCCUAA